UCCGGGUCUCUGUUUAAUGGGAGAUUUCCGCAUCCUUCCAAAUAUUUGUAUUUAUAAUUACAUUAAAUAAUGAGUUUUUUCUCACAGUGAUGAAAAAUGAAGUAAUGAGAAAAAAAAUUAGUGCAUCAAGCGCGUCCAAAUGACUUAUAUGAAAAAACAUUUGGUUUUGUUUUUUCUGCUUUUUAGUGUUUGGGAAGUGAGUUAUUAUGUGAUAGGCAAAGUCUUGCCAGAAGAUUUCACCUCAGAUUCUUGUCCACCUCCUCUUUUGGCUCAAAACGGUUCCCAAACCGAAAAAGGAGAGUCGAGGAUACGCAAAGAAUAUUCCCAUAUCAGAGAAGUCAAAUUUUCAGGAUCUAUUGGUCCUUUAGGCGAAAAACGGCUGUGCAAAAUCAAAUGUAUCGGUGGACAAUGGGUCGGACCAUUGUGUGCAGAUCAACAAGAUAACGGCCGUUUUCAGCCACUGUUCAAAAACUGCAAGUUGGAAUAUAUCAAUCCACAUUUGCUGGUUACUUUUAAAAAUAUCACUAUACACAAUCCAGGAGUAGUUUUCCCUCAUGGUUCCCAACUGCAAGUACGUUGCAACGAACUAGGUCUCUACAAAUUAUUGGGUACCGCAACGCCGCGUUGCCACAACGGCGAAUGGACCACCAGGCUACCGAGUUGCGUUCCAACAACAAUGUUGACGAAUUUUACUGAGGACUCUCCACCAACAAUUCUAAUAAAAAUUCCCUCGGGAUCUGCCAGCGUGGAACCGGGAGGCGACCUGGCAGUUUUUCCUGGAUCUACAUUGCAUUUCGAAUGUUUGUAUCCAAGAAGGGUGGGAUCGCCUGAUUGGACUUGGACCACUCCGUUAGGGCAAUACUUGACAGGAUGGGCAAUAGCGUCAGAGGAAAGAGACUGGAAAUACCGACUAUCCAUAUACUAUGCCAAAUCGCAAGAUUCAGGUACAUUCACUUGCGCCACUCCCAGAGGCAUAACCAACAGCGUAUCCGUGCACGUAGUCGCCGUAACAUGUGAACCAAUUUCAGUCAGCGGCAUGCAUUUAACCGUAAGGGUAGAAGGCACCAGACUCGGACACAGUGCACUUUUCCAAUGUCCCACCGGGUACGUGGUGAGCGGUUCUCCGAAUUUGACGUGUCAGGCUUCUGGCAAAUGGUCGUCGUUGGUGCCGAAAUGCGAACCGGUUAAAUGUCCUCCAUUCAAUACACCAGGCGGCCUGGAAGCGCCCCAUUUGCAGCUGGAAGAGCACAACAACAGCUACGGAGGCCGAGCGGUGUUCAGUUGCGCUUGGGGCUACAAAUUAGUGGGCGCGCCGGGAAUCGAGUGCGAGAUCAGCGGAAAUUGGAGUGGGAAAUUGCCAAAAUGUGUUCCUGUCCAGUGUCAGCCACCAGUUUUACCUGUACACGGCCACUUGAUCCAAUCAGAAAGUCCUGGUAUGGACGGUGGAAGAUACGCAGUGGGCAGUUUAGUGCAAUUCGCUUGCAAAGGGGCUCACCUUUUGGAGGGCGAAGCCAGCAUUAUUUGCACUGAAACUGGAUUUUGGAGUCAUCCACCUCCAUUUUGUAAGCCAAGAUGUCCAUAUUUAGGCGAACCAGAAAACGGUUUGGUGGCGCCAACAAAAUUCGCUUAUGAUCCCGGAGACGAGCUCCAAGUCACCUGCAACCCUGGAUUCGAAUCCAAGAUCGAAGAGCAACGAAUCAAGUGCCUGUCUGACGGAAAAUGGAGCGGUGUAAUGCCAAACUGUACGAGUUACGAACAAAUUUAAAUUGUUCUAGAAUAAAUAAUAAACUUUCAAGGUGGAACUGAAAUGUAUCUUGUACAAAUUCAAGUAUUCUUGUAUAAGGAAUUGUCAUUUUAUACAAUAGAUAAAAGGUAUAAAAUUGAACUUUUAAUAAUUAAAAUACUGUUGCGUUAGGUAGGAUGAAUUAUUUAGCUGAAAUAAUUAUUAUACCUAGUUGUGUAGGCCAUACUUUUGUAUUGUUUUUGUAUUUGUUGUAUGUACUUACUGAAAACAAACACGUGCCUGUUUUAACAUACAGUUGAUAUCAAUAAUAAUUAUAGGCAUUUUGGUCCAUAAAUUGUUUAAAUAAAUUUAUUGAUUUUGAAAAAGAGUAUUUGUAUAUUUAGAAUUUAGUGUUUCCCAAUAAAACAAUAAGUAUGGACGUUUUACAUUUCAUUUAAUAUUCAAUAAAUCUAGUUUAACAUUAAUUACUUACUUAACAUUACAUAUAAUAAGUUCUUGAAUUGAAAACAUAAAAAAUAAAAUUAUCUCCUAUUGUACAAAAUUUUUACAUCAGUCCCUCAAACUUCAAAAUUCCGAAUAAUCCACAAUGUUAAGGCCGCAAAGCAUUGCGGGUUAUUUGCUGAUAUCGGCGCUUUUCUGCUUUUUGAUGAUGCUAUCCAAAAUCGAGGGCAACUGACUUAGACGUUCUUUAACAUCUUCAUCCUCCAAAUAAUCUUGUAGUUUCACUGCCGUCAAAGCGCUGCUCACGUUCAGCUUAAUGGAGUUAAGUACUGUGCUCUUAGGGUCGAUUUCUGAUGAUAAUAAUGCAAUGUUGGCCAGUUCGAAGCAAAGAUAAAGGACUUGUUUGCAUUUAUUUAAAUCUUUAGGCCAUUGGUUGUCCUUGGUAUAGGCUUUGUAAGCACGUUGGAAACGUUGCGUUUUAAGGAGGGUAGUUGGAGCUAGUUUGGCGUACAAGUCCCAUACUUCACCUUCUCCUGGAUAUAUUGACACUAG